UGAAAACAUGAGAGACGUGUAACUUUGACAGUUCCGGGAAAAGCCAAAGGAAUACUUCAGAUUGCACAGCUGAAAUUGAAAUACCAUGUACUGAAAUAAAGCAAAUUACUCUAUUAAAAAGGUUACAUAUAGAAAUCCGUCUUAGAAAUUGUUCACAAAUAAGUGUCAGUAUGCUGAGCCGAUCUAUAGUCGUACAAAGUCUUAGGAGUAUUAGAGAUAGGUUUUUUGAUACAAGACGACAAAAAGAUGAUGUUCAGGGGACAAGUGAUGACGUCACGGGCCCCUCUCUGGAUAAUCUGUCGGUUGACAUGCAGUUUCUCAUUAUGACCUUCCUGUCUCCGCAAGACCUCUGCAGACUGGGAGGCACCAGCACCUACUGGCGGUCAAUGGUUCGAGACCCUGUCCUGUGGAAGUACUUCCUGUUGCGUGAUAUGCCGCUCUGGCAGUCAGUCGACCAUUUAUCAGUGCCUCAUGUCAAGCUCACUGGCUCAGCUGUGCUCGAUGACUCUCAGAUGCAGUUUGAUUAUAUGGCAGAGUAUCUACGCAUCUGCCCGGCCUGUCGAAACCAGUGGCGACACCAACCCAGGGCAACAUUUGAGUCUGUGACUUCCUUCUUCCAGUCCUUCGUAGCGGUUGCAGAGCCACAGUUCGCCAUGUUCGGCCCUGGGCUUGAGCAGUUAGAGAUUUCCCUCAUGACCACCAUCAUGAAUUCCCCUGAUGUUCUGCCUAUAGCAGGAAUACCUCAACGUCAGAUUGAUGGCAUUGGAUCAGGAAUCAGUUUUCUGGACAAAGAUCAGCACAGAUUCAAUAUUGCGACUUUAUAUUCGACUAACAGGACGGAGCGAGAAAGAGCUCGCCUGGAGCACCUCAGUCUGCGCAGUAAACUCUUUGUCUAUCAGGAGGACAGCGAGUCCAACAUGCCCUUAAGCCUCAUCCCCAUGUUUAAUCAAGUUUGCCAUGCCAUGAAUGGAUUCAUCUUUGUGGCAAAUGCUGAGACAGAAAGAGUAGCCGGCAGAGGGUGGGAGGAGGAGAGUGCCCAGAUCAGGGUUAUGUUAGACCCUGUGAUGGGUGCUGUGUCCCGCCCUAUCCUGGUGCUCUCCUGUGUGUCUAGAGAGACAGCAGACAGACGCAGGAUACCUUGUGUGACCGUUGCCCAUCAGCUUCAGCUCAGCUCACUGCCCAACCCCUGGAUGGUUCAGGACACGACUGCAGAAACACUGACAGGACUGCUGGAUGGCAUUGAUUGGCUGCUGAGGCAGUCUGGAGUCAAGCUGUAACUUCCAAGAUUGACAUGAUACUGCUGGAAGUACUAUAGAGGCCUUUCAAACAUCUUCUCAUCCAAAAGAUACAACAAACAAGUCACACCAUUAUUGGUGAUUGUACUUUUGGUGGUGGCCAGUCAUACCGUGGAUGUUAUCUACAUAAUUCAUUGAACUGAUCUGAUAUUCAUUGCACUUUUCAACAAUUGACCUUUUGUUUUGUCUUAAUGUUGACUUUUUUUUUUAAGUGAAAUAACAUUUUUUAUAUUUGUAUUUUAAAGGGGAAUUAUAUUUAUGCAGCUCAGGAUUAUGAUUAAGCAAUAUUACACAAGCAAGCGUGCAAUUGUACUGAAUGUCAACACGUCUGUGAUGGGACUGAUGUGGCAGCUGAUAAUCAGAAUCUGAACAACAAGAAGGUUAUGAUUGUGAUAUAGAUUUUAUGAAACAUGCAGUUCAAUAAAGAAGAAGCUAAUAAGCAACUUACAUUUUAUACAGAAUUUUGCCUGGUACUCAGGCCAAAGCAGAACCAACCGAAUCAUGAAUCAGUGUUUUUAAAAGAAUCAGUUAUGUGAGUGAUUCAUUGACUCACUUGUCCCGGUCCCAGUGCUAUAUGACUAAAUAUUCUGAUAUUUGCUUUCAGAAUGCCUCUCGGCCAAUCAAAAUUGAGUUCUUGAACUAACUGUUGUAUAAAUAUGGUUGUACAACAUAAAAGUUUCCUCUCCUUUUGAAGCUAUCUUAGGUAAUUAGUGCAUGAUAAAUAUGUAACACUGAAAUAAUGAUGUAGUUUAGUUCUCAUAUGUUGUUUUUACUUA